UAUGAAUAGAAUUGAAUUACUAUUACAAUAAUGUUAUGUCUGUGGAUCAUAUUAACAUUUAAGUUCAUUAUGCAAUAGAGUUCAUAUAAAUCUUAAUAGAAAUCUAGUUAUUAGUAGACAUUUAUAUACAAAACCAUAGAAGAGAUAAAAGUAUGAUAGAAAAUGGGAUCAAAGAGUUAAUUCAUUAUAUAAUUUUAAAUUGGUUAGAAGUUGUGGAAGAAGAUUAAAAAGAAAUUAUGGGAUUAAUUUUGUAGAUCCAGAGGCUUAUGAAAGAGGAGAACAAGAAUAUGAAGAAGAAGACGAUGAAGAAGUUUAUUAAGGACAUCUUUCUUAUAAAGACCUGACAAAUCCAUCAAGAGUAAUAAUAUGAUCUAAUUUAAGAAGAGUGUUGAAGUUGUGUCAGGUCAAACUUUGAGAGAUAUCAUUUAUCAUGAUCAUAUAGAUAAUGAAGAAUAGUUAUAAUAUUAUUAAUAGUAAUAAGAAAUAAAUAGACAUUAAGCAAUUAAAUAAACUUUAUAAACAGCAGGAUUUCAAAAUGAAGACUUAUAUUUUGGAGAUGCAAUAAAUAUUCCAUUAUAACAUAAAUAAUUUACUUAGAAUAGUAAUACUUUCAAAUCUUCAAGUGGAUAAACAUAUUAAAGUUAAAAGAGUCAGUAAGUUAAAUAACAAUAAUAAAAUUAAUAAUAAUAACAAUAAGCUUAAUAACAAGUACCAUAUUAAUCAAAAACAUAUGUAUAAAGUCCUUUAGGAACAAAUCAAUUUUUAAUAGCAAAUAAUAGAAAUGCUUAACCAAAAUUAACAUUCUCUUAUGAUCCUUUCUAUCAUGAAUAAAAUAAUAAAUAAACUCUACCUCAACCUUAACCAGAAUAUUAAGCUAUGAUAAGACCAUAAUUUAGAUCAUCUACUAAUUAUAUUCCUAGUGGACCUACUUAAUUACCUGUUGUUUCAGAAGAAAGAGAUUCAUAAUUAAAUAUUCCAUAAAUGAAUGUACCUUAUGCAUCAGCUAUAUCAAUAAGUUCAGUUGGUAUUUCAAGUAUAGAUGACAUAUAAAGAAGAGAUGGAUAAAAUAAUACUUAUACUGGUCCUAGAAGGAUGACUUAGAAAUAGACUAAUACUAUUACAAGUACAGUAAGUCCAGAUAUUCAGAAGAAAAAAUCUAUUUCUGGAUCUAAUUCAAGAUCAUAUUCAGCUUUGUCUUCUAGGUAGAAUCAACAUUAUAGUGAUCUUGAUAAUGUAUUAUUUAGAUAUGAUGUGAAAGAUAAUUUUGAUAUUGAUUAGAUAGGAAUAUAUUAGCAAUUCAAGCCAUAGAAUAAUUAUGAUUGUGUGGUUAAUUAAAUCAAGAUCUAAUCUAAGAAAUUAAUUAAAUAGAAGAAAAUAAAAUGA